CGAGGGUCAAAAGUCAACACUCGCAACUAGGGGUCGCUAGUCACUAUGAGCUUCAAUUGUGUGGCCUGGCCUUAUAUUAGCGCACAACAUCAAGUUUGCUGAUUACAAUUGAAGUCCUGAAGCCUUGCGUUAAGGGAUGACAAUAACUAUGUGGAGAUUGUGUGUUUCUCUUCUUUUUCUUGAAUUACAAACCGUAGAAGGUGUGCAGAUUACACCAUGCACAGACAGCUUCGUGGAGGUACCUGCCGAUGGGAGCCUUACCUUAAACUGUACACCACAGACUCAAUCUAUGGAAUGGAGACUUUCUUUGGGGGGCUCUUCGUAUCUGUCAGCGAAGUUUGAAAAUGGUCAGUAUGUACAAGAAAACCUCCCUUUUAAUGUAAGCAGCGACCCGGGGAAAAUAUCUCUGACAGUCAACACCAGCAACAUCAGGAACAUCACCUUGGUCAACGGUACUGUAGUGUGCCAAGAUCUCACUCAGUCACCACCGAGUUCUUCAAACUGUGGACUUAACUAUGUUUAUAGACCAAAGCCAACCGACGUCUCGUGCACAGCUAGGGCCGAUAUGGACGCUGAUAGGUUGUCUUGUACCAUCACCAACAUCUACUCUUCUCGUGGAGUUUACACGUGUCAAGCUCUCCGGCGAAAUGAAGAAACACACUCUGAGGUAGAACGGUUAAACACGGUCAACAUGGCGAGUUUGAAUGAUGAGGGAGGACUAAAAGUGUCCGGUGAAUGUAAUAUCAGAACGGAACUCCCUGAAAAUGCAGGCAACUACUCUUACUCGGUUAAAAUCUUGCCAGGGGGGCUAGAGGUACUGGCAAAUCUUCUUGGUGGUGAAAAAUGGAUAGAACAUUAUAGACCAAAGGAAAGCGACAUCUCGUGCACAGCUUGGGACGAAUGUAAGACCAAUGUUAAGUUGUACUGUACCAUCAAAAUCUACUCUUCUCGUGGAGUUUACACGUGUCAAGCUUUCCGGGAAAAACUAGGACAAAACUCUCAGGAAGAGUUAAAUACGGUCAACAUGACGACUACGAAUGAUGAGGGAGGACGAACAAUGACCGGUAAAUGUAUCAUCACAACGGAACUCCCUGAAAAGGCAGGCAACUACUCUUACUCGGUUAAAAUCUCGCCAGGGGGGUCAAAGAAAGAGGCAAAGCUUCCUGAUGGUGGAAAAUGGAUAGAACAUGUUGGUACAGGCACAGCUGUUGCCAGUCAAGCUGCCAUCUACAAUGUGCUCACUGUUUGGCUUGUUGCUGCUUUCGUGUUGUUGUAGUCACGGAAAAAAUAAUAAUCUUUCCUAGCACACCGCCAAACAAGUGUCCUGUACUGGAAUCAAACCUCGAUGAAAGGAAUGAAAUCGCUGAAAAUAUUUUUUUAGUUUUUUUUAUACUAAUACAUGGGCAAAUAUUUCUUUUAUGGGACGACGUCUGUUUAAUGUUUACGGCACGAUUUCAUUCCCUUUUGCAUAUCUUUACCAAUUCCUGCACACUUGAAGAAAAAUCUGUUUAAUAGGUUAAUCAUUAAUUAAUGUUUCUUGUGCAACAUGUCAUACCUAGAAUUAUAAAAUGUACAGUUACUAGCGACAAACAUUGUACUUUUUUCUUAUUUUUUUGUAAAGUAACAGAUAAAAAACACGAAUGAACUGUGUGCAUAGACACUAUAAAUCAUGUGGAUUUUUUAGUUCUGUAGCAAUGCAAUGAAGUGUGUUUGUCCUUGUUCAAAUCUCGUCUUAGGCUCGCUGUUCUUUCCUUACAUGUGAGACUUGUUUACAGGGAUUGGUUCACUUCGUUAUACAGUCUAGAUGUUGGCUAUUCCCACUCCUCUCAUCCAUAUUUUCUCUCUAUCUUGCUGUACGUCUUUUUAUCUCUGAAACACACACACACACACACACGCAUGCAGACACGCACGUUAGCAAUGCGAUACAAACGGUUGAGUCUGUAACCUUUGAACUUUCUCUUUUAUAAUAUAAAGGUAAAGUAGCCUUUGACUUUCUGUAAAGUCCUACUUGACUGUAAGAUACUUGCUUAACCGUGUUCAUAGUACAAGAUAUCACUAUUGCAUGUUUUGAAAUUGUAAUUAAAACACAUCAGUGGAAAUAAAAAUCUGAAGCUGCUGCAAGGA